CACAAACCACACAAAUAAAAGAGACACUUCUCUCACUCUAUAUUUGACACACUUUCUCUCUCAAAAACGCAGUAGCUAAUUUGCUUCUCCACUUUUCCCUUUUUCUUCUACUGCCAUAAACUCCGCUAAGAAACCCUAGUUUCUUCUUCACAUCAAAAAAUCAAAGGAGCAGGCGACCGUGAUGGAUUCUGGAAAUAGCGGGAGCCUACAAUCAUCCAGCGGCGGCGACGACGAGUACGACUCACGCGCCGCCGAAUACACGUUCACGACCAUUCCCCACGCGCCGCCGCCGCAGUUCAUCGACCCGCUCUCCGCCUACCUCCAGCUCCACCAGAAUCCGAGCUCACUGCUUUUGAAUUCCCCAAAUCCGAUCAGAUCCGACCCGAAUCCGAGCCACGUCGCCGAAUUCCCCGCCCCGGCGCCCUUGAGCAGCAACGCUCACCAUCAGCAACAGGCGCCGGCGGCGCGGAAUCCGAAGAAGCGAUCUCGAGCGUCGAGGCGGGCGCCGACCACCGUGCUCACCACGGACACCGCCAAUUUCAGAGCUAUGGUGCAGGAAUUCACCGGAAUCCCCGCGCCGCCCUUCAGCAGCUCCUCUUCAUUCCCCAGGAGCCGAAUCGAUCUCUUCGCCCCGAGAUCCGCCGCCUCCGUGGACUCCCCCCCGCCGCCGCCCUACCUCCGCCGCCACCUCCCAAAUCUCUUCAACAUCCCAAACCAAAACCAAAACCAAAAUCAAAAUCAAAACAUUCUCACAUCGCUCCUCCAAUCAAACGCCAAAUUUCCGUUUCCCGCCGCCUCCAAACCCCAAAACGACUUUCGGUUCGGAUUUGGCCAUCGCAAUCAGGUCUCGGAAACCCUCCCCAACCUCAUCCCCUCCGAUCACAACCACCACAACGACUUCGAUUUUGGCGGGAAAAUCAGCAAUGGAGGGAAGUCGCCGGUGAGAGGAGGAGAAGGUAUGGUGGAAUCGUGGAUUUGUUCAUCGGAGUAGCUAGGCAUGAUUAUUGUGGUAGUAGAAAAAUGUGGUGGUGGAGCAAUGAUGGUUAUUAUCAUGUCAUGAUUGAAAUAUUGAAAGUAACAAAAAAGAGAGGGUAAAAGAUAUUGUUAGUGUGAUCUUUCAUGAUCAUUUUUCACAACAUAAAGGAAGAAAUAUAUAAAGGCUUAAAUUAUGUGUGAA